AACUCUGUGAAUGUAGUUGGACUAGUUUUUUUGAGGAGGAUAGGAAAGAGAGGGUGAGCUAUCGAAAUAGGUACCAGCAGCUUCUAGUUCUCUUUCUCUCUCUCUCUCUUUCUCUCAUCACCACCACUGCUCUCUCCACUUCUCUUUCUGCCUCUUUCGAACAUGGUUGGAGAUCAUUGUAACCACAGCAGUGAAAGACCUGUACUUUCUCAAACUCCCAAAACUGGAAUAAGUUGCAAAAUGGUUCUACAAGCAGUAGGAAAAGUAUUAAGGAAAUCCAAGGGAAAACCAAAUGGUAAAAAGCCUGCAACAGAAGAAAAGAAACUAUAUCUUGAACCAGAAUAUACGAAGUCCAGGAUUACUGACUUUGAAUUCAAAGAAUUAGUUAUAUUACCACGUGAAAUAGAUCUUAAUGAGUGGCUAGCUAGCAACACAACAACGUUCUUCCACCAUAUUAAUUUACAGUAUAGUACCAUCUCCGAAUUCUGUACAGGAGAGUCGUGUCAGACCAUGGCAGUAUGCAAUACACAAUACUACUGGUAUGAUGAGCGAGGAAAGAAGAUCAAAUGUACAGCCCCUCAAUAUGUUGACUUUGUCAUGAGUUCAGUGCAGAAGUUAGUGACGGAUGAGGAUGUAUUUCCUACCAAAUAUGGCAAAGAAUUCCCGAACUCCUUUGAGUCCCUAGUGAAGAAGAUCUGCAAGUAUCUGUUCCAUGUGCUAGCCCACAUCUAUUCAUCACACUUCAAGGAAACCCUGGCACUGGAAUUGCAUGGACAUUUGAACACACUCUACGUACACUUCAUCCUUUUCAUCCGGGAGUUUAAUCUGGUGGACCCUAAAGAAACAACCAUCAUGGAUGACCUCACAGAGAUCCUCUGCAGCAGCAGCGGGAACAGUAGCAGUAAUGGAAGUGGCAAUGGCAGUGGUGGUGGUGGCGGCAGCAGCAGCAGCAGUAGUAGUGCAGUAGCACAGAACCAUGUGAAGGAGAGAUGAGUCUUCCUAAUCAGAGCAAAAUCAACGCUAACACUUAAAAAAAAAGGAAAAUGCUCUCUAUUCUCGGAUGUAUGCGUAUGUAUAUGUGCUUAUGUGUGUAUAUAUAUAUACAUAUAUACAGACAUACACAACCAAGAAAGCUUAAGCAAUUAUGCUGCCACCACAGGACAUGUAGACACAAAGGACUAUAUGGAGUUUUGGUUAAAUGCAUCAUCCUUGGCAAGACGUUGCACCAGUUUUGUGGGGAUUUUUUUCCUUCCCUCCAUUUUUCUCCUGUUUCUUCCUUUAUCUGAUGGAUUAUGAGUGCUGUUUUUAAGAGACGAACCACAUUUUUUGAGUUGGGCUACUGCUUUUGUGUUCCUUUUUUU